AUGCUCCCGGUGGAUGGAGAGAGGCUGGGGGCGGGAGGUGGGGGGGCCAAGCGGGGCGGGGGCAAACCGGAGCCACCUCCCCCGGGCGGCACCGCUAAGCAGCGGCGGGAUCUGCGCUGCCACCGCUCUCGCUGUCUCGUUCUGCUGCCCGCUAUGAGCUCUGCGACCGCUCCCGUUCGGGACCCUCCCCGGUACCUCAGAACUGGCAGCCCUGACAACUGGCGGGGGGGGGGGGAUGGAUACCGGGGUCUCCCCCGUGCUGCCACUCACCGUGCGCUUGCACCGGGGCUGCCAGGGUUCCCCCCUCCUCGGUACCACCGGGACCCCCGCAGUAGGGCAGAGGCUGAGGCCAUCGAGAAGGAGCUGCUGGAGGAUUACCGUUUCGGGAGGCAGCAGCUGAUUGAGAUCUGGGGACACGCCUGUGCCAUGGCUGUCACCAAGGCCUUCCCUCUGCCGUCGCUGCCACGCAGGCAGCCAACGGUGCUGGUGGUCUGCGGCCCAGCACAGAAUGGAGCCAUUGGGCUGGUGUGCGCCCGGCACCUGCGGAUCUUUGACUAUGAACCUACAAUCUUCUACCCCAAGCGCUCCCCGGACCCCCUCUACCGCGACUUCACCACUCAGUGUGAGAAGAUGGACAUCCCCUUCCUGUCCUACCUGCCUACCGAGGUGCAGCUGAUCAACGAUGCAUACAACGCCGUGGUGGACGCAGUGCUGGGCGCCGAGGCGGAGGCCAGCGAGGGGAGGGAGCCCUGCGCCGCCAUCCUGGCCACCCUCAAGCACGUCCGGAUCCCCAUCGUCAGCCUGGAUGUGCCCUCAGGGUGGGAUGUGGAAGCUGGCAGCAGUGGUGGCAUCAGCCCCGACGUCCUGGUGUCACUGUCAGCCCCCAAGCAGUGUGCCCGGCGCUUCCUGGGCCGCCAGCACUUCGUGGCUGGGCGCUUCCUCCCCUACGAUGUGCAGAAGAAGUUUGAGCUCAACCCCCCUGAGUACCCUGGCACUGAGUGCGUGGUGGCCCUGGCAGCCCCCCGGGAAUAA